UUUCUUUUUAAUCAAUUGUUUGCAAUAACUAAUUUGAUCCUUUCAGUAAUGUUGGGAUUUCUAGUGUUAAUUUAAAUUUUUAGUAUCUGUUUUUUUUUUCUGAUAACGUUUAUUAUUUUUAUCAAUCGAUGUUACGAAUAAUGAAAAAUUUGCGGUCUAACCGUAAUUUAGGUGUCAAUCGUACUAUCCAUCGCCGAAUAAUUUCCACGUGCGCUGAAGACGAUCGAUGAGUGGUUGUUUCAAUCGACAACGGUGACAAAGGAGCCACAGGCCAGUGCCACAAUGCCAAGGGCGAUCAUCACGAUCACCCAUAGUUGCUCCGGCUUAAGGUCAUAACAAUCUAACGUGAUGACAUUACCAAGUGAAUUUCCAACUUUAGCGCUGCAAUCCCGUUACCGCAACGCACGACACAAAGUUCCGGCCCGUCCGCGGGGAAACGGGGGCCGGGAAAGUGGGGACGCCUGGGAAUUGCACGAAAGUUAUUAUUACCAUAAUUUUCGGCUAAAUGCACUGCACAACUCACCGCCGCUGGUAAAUCCAGCGUCGAUGUUUGCCCACGUACGCGAACAGGAUUACUCCGCCGUCGAGUUAGAAACGAUUGCGUUGCAUUCGUACGGGAGCCACUUUAUUAUUUCUAAUGGAUCCUGAGCGGAUUUUAACCGUAUCGAAGCGUCGCUUUGCUAAUUGUGACAGGACGCCCAACAACUUCGUUCGCGUCGAACUUUUUAUCUUCCUAGACGUAUACACGUUGGAUCGUGGAUUCAUUCUCAUUGAAUCACGACUUAAACUUUUGUUCUUAUAACCGUGAUUAGCACAACGAUUAAUGCAACGUCUAUGAAACGUACCAGUCGAAUAGUGAUAGCUGUAAUGAAUUUUUUAAAACAAUUGCAGUUUUUAAAAAUAUUCAAAAACUCUAUGACGUUUCGUGUUAAUCGUUAAGUUUUGUACAAACGUUAUUUCACUUUAAGUAGAAACAGUCAUGUUCUCGGCUUUUACCGACUUUUGUAUUCGAUAAGAUUUACAACUGUACACUUCAGUUGUAAAUCGAUGUGACAAUGACAAUGUAGUCGAUCACUUUCGAUAUAAAGCGGGCAAUUCAACUCAAUAAAUCUCCAUCAGCGGACGUAUCGCGAGGAUACAUGCUACAUUUCCAUGUGAUAGACGUCGGGACAGUUUGUGUAAAAAAUGGCGGUAUCGGGAACAGCGAUAACGAGGUUCGGUUCCGUAUCACGUUCCUGGAUUUUCUUUUCCUUAAUCGCACCGAAACACAUGUGUGAAAGCGGACUUCUGCACCCAACUGGACACCUUCUUGUGCAAUUUAACGGACCUCACGUACAAAAUGCUGGGCUUAACCGUGAUAUAUGUACCUCUGGAGAGUAGGGAGUUCACCGCGGAGGAGGAUAGCGCCGAUAAGGAGUUGGUGAAGAGACUGGAGGGUGUGGUGGCCUAUUGGAACACUCAAAUCAAAAUAGCCCUCUCUGACCAGGACCAAGCAAGCCCGCACGAAUUACUGUGCCUCGACGAUGAAUAUAAUUUCUGGACUUAUCGAUAUGACAAUCUUUGCGGUUUGAACUACCAGCUACAGCAAAAUACAGUAGAGUUUAUUAUCGACAUCUUAUUGGCUGCACAGUCCACUUACAUACGUCAGUUCGUGAUGUUGAAAGACGAGAUCGAGAACGGUAUAGCUGAAGCGGAAUCGAACAUUGAGUACCUGAGCCUUCUGAAGGACACUUGUGCCAAGUUGAAGACUUGUACAACUCCUGCAUGCGUGGCUCAAUAUCUGCCAAAAAUGAUGCAUCUCUUCAGGACGAUUUGGCUGAACUCUCCUUACUAUAAUACCCACGAGAGGUUAAGCAAUCUCUUCGGCGCGCUUAGCAAUCAGAUCGUUAUCAUGUGCAAAGGCUUUAUCAAUCUGGCAGAUGUAUUUACGGGGAAGGUCAAGAAAAGUAUGAAGCUCUUUGACGAGUGCAUCAAACUAUGCGAGGAUUAUGAGGCUCUCUAUCAUAAGAUCGCGAACGCCCACAUCAAUCUCACGUAUCACUCCUGGGACUUAGACACGAAGAGCAUAUUUCGUUACAUCAACGUUUUCAUCGGCAGGUGUCAGGAUAUGAUCGAGAUUUGUCAAGCAAUGAUUGAUUUUGCAAGGUUCAAAUAUUGUACACGGCAUAUAAGCAUCAAUGAAAAUGCACACACUAUGUCAAUUUUUUUACUUUUAUUUAUUGCUAGAAUAAAAUUUAUUCAUAGAAAUAGUAAUAUUUUUGUAGUAGUAACAGUUUUGUAUUUGUGUGUGUCUAAGUAUGAAAAUUACAAUAUGACUUUUUAUCGCAGAUUAGACGAAACCACUCAAAUUUUAACACCUAAAUUCAGUGGUACAAAUGGCGAAGAGCACGAAAGAGUAUGUCAAAAGAUCGAAAGACUCUUUUAUGAUUCUUUGAAUAAAAUCCAAGCGAAUUCACACAAGAUCUUUGCCGUUCACGAAUCUACGUGGCACGAUGAUAUGAUCGUAUUUCGUACCGAAAUGAGGGACCUAGAGAUAAUGAUCGAAAAUUUGAUAGCCAUCGUCUUUAUGAACGUUAAUAAUAUUCAAGAAGGGAUCGAGAAUUUGCGGAGCUUCUACAAUUACCUGAAUCGCAGGAAUUUAAAGUUCUUAUUUGAUACCAAAAAUAGCAGCGUGUGGCAGAUUCUAGCCGACGAUAUCCAACAGACAAAGCAGGAGGUUCUCGAGACGGAAGAAUAUUCGUCGAUUACACCUUAUUAUGCUGGUAGGGCGUUGAAUCUUCGUCUGAAAGGUGACCGCCUGUUAUCGACACGAAAGAUGCUGGAAAAGGCCGAGUGGAUGCCCUAUUGCGGCAUGAGCGAGGAGAUCUAUCAUCAGGAAGACAUCGUGAUCAGAUCCAUCGAAGACUCCAUGAAGGAUCUGUACGGAAAGUGGCUACACGACGUCGGCGAUAACCCGCGCGCGCGACUCGAUCGCUACCUGAUGCGACGAAGCGAAACAAGACCAAGUCUGCUCGAGUGCAACAUCGACCCUAAUAUCCUGAAUCUCUGCCGCGAAUGUUUCUAUUGGAUCAGCUUAAGAUUCAACAUACCCGUGCACAUAAAACUCAUACACGACAAAUGGGAUACUCUACACUUUAUCUACGAAAGUGUCCUUGCCGUCACGCUGGCGUACAACAGGGUUAUCGAAGCAUUGUCGCUGACAGAACGUGCGCUGUUUCGCGAAUUAAUUCGGCAGCUCGACCGGAAGAUCAAUCCCGGCUUAACCAAGCUGACGUGGAACACGGAUUACGUGGACUCGUACAUCGAGAAUUGUUUCAACGAAACGGCCAAUUUUCAGGACUUUGUUGAUACUUACAAGAAUUCGAACUUUGAAAUUAUAAGAAUCUGCGAGAACAUCUGCGACGCUCCAAUGAUCAAGAUAAGAGUUAAUUACACGUACACGUUGUCUGCAUUGGAGAAGGAACUUUUGCACGAAAGAGACAGGGCGUUCCAAGUUAUGACUCAAAGACUCGAUAUGGUAUUUCUGUACGUCAUGGAGAUUUACGAGGGCUUCAAGAAUGUGAUACAUGAGGUGUAUAUAGCUUCUUUGGUGCAACUAUGUAACAUGAUAAAAUAUCACAGUAAUAUAUUGAUGUAUUUAACGUCAUUAUUGUGUUUUUCUUGUCAGAGUCGCACGGAAUGGAAAGAUUAUUUAAUAAAAAUCGAUAUGGUAAUUGAAGAAGCUAUCAGAUUGUGUUUAAAGAAUUCUUUAACCAUCAUGUUUGAGGCUCUUCAUGGCGCAGAUACGACAGGACCCUCACCUCUCCUAUUAAUGCAAGCCGAUAUUAUCGAUAACAAAAUAAACUUCACGCCGAAUCUCUUGGAGAUGGCUACGGUGAUAGGAAACAUUUUGAAUAUUUUGCUGGAACCCUUGAAAGAUGUCUUGCGGCUAGUUAAGAAGUUUAAAAUGGUUCCAGAUAAGGAUUUCUCCUUUUCAAAGUUGUAUAAGAAAGACAAAGAAUUGAUUGAACUCCAACAAAAAAUCAAUAAUGAAAUGAAUUCCUGCUUCAUCCAAGUGCAAAAUUAUAUCAAGAUAUGGGAACCUUUCAAAGACGUAUGGGAAGUAAAUAAAGAUCUAUACAUUCAAAGAUACGAGAAAUUGAAGCCAAGGGCGGCAUCUUUUGACGCGGACAUAAGUAAAUACCUCGAUGUGAUGAAUAGUGUUCAACUACAGGAAACCAUGGCGACAGUGCAUUUUCUAGAUAUAAAUUUUGAUGGAGUGAAAGCCACUAUCAUCGAACAUUGUUCAAUCUGGCAACAGAAGCUCGCCGCACUUUUAUUACGCAUGACCGAUGCAAUGGUCGACCACGUUUAUCAUUACAUCGCUGAAAAUUCCACAAAAAUAACGAAGGAACCGACGGAUCUCAUCAGCAUGCAAUCCGCGCUGCAAUUGUUCGAGAGGCUCAUCGCCGAGAUUCCGAAAGAGGAGGAAGAGUUUUCCAAGAUCCAGGAGCAGUACCAAACUUUGGAAAAAUACGAAGUACCACUGACUUAUGAGUUCAAGAGAAAAUUAAAAGACAUUGACCGCUCCUGGACAGCUUACUUGGAGUUACUUGCCACGUGCGAAGUUACUUUGCUUGAAAAAAAGGAAGAAUUUAGGCAAAUAUUGCUGACUGACGCGACAAUGUUCGAAGAAGAUGCAUCCUCGUUGGUGCGCAAAUUUAACGACACCGGGCCUUUCACCUCCGACUGGAAUUCAAAAAGUGCUUUUAAUUGGCUAGCCAACUUCCAGAAGGAAAUACUUUCCAUGAGAGACAGGGAAAGUCUGUUAAAGUCACAGGUGACAAUUUUUGGCAUAAAUUAUCCAGAUUCCCGGGAACUCGCACAACUCGAUAAAGAUGUAGCAGUGAUCGAAUUGGUGUGGCAAUUGACGGACGAAUGGAACGACGCUUGGGAACGCUACAAAACCGGAAAUUUCUGGACGAUAGAAUUGGAAGAGAUGGACACAACCGCUAAUCUCCUCCUCCGGAAACUCACGAAACUCUGCAGGGAGCUCAAAGAAAAGAAUUGGGAGAUCGUCGAGAAUACCAGGUCGAGGGUGGAUAAAUUUCGACAUACAUUACCGCUAAUAACAGUACUGAAAAAUUCAGCGAUGAGACCGAGACAUUGGAAACAAGUAAAAAAUACGAUCACCCAAGACUUUGACGAGACGUCGGAGGACUUUACCUUAGACGCCAUUAUUAGAAUGCAAAUGCAUAAUUUCGCGGAACAAAUUAGCGAAAUUUCUAACGCGGCUACAAUGGAACUCGUCAUUGAAGUAGGACUCCAACAUAUUAAAGAUACUUGGGAGAAGAUGUCGAUUACGAUGGUCCCGUACAAAGAUAGAGGAAUAUACAAAUUAAAAUCUAUGGAUGACAUAAUUCAGACUUUGGAGGAUCAUCAGGUGCAGCUUUCGUCCAUGAAAUCAACUAGGUUUGCAGAAUCAUUUGCCCAGGAAGUCGAAUACUGGGAGCGGGCACUGUCAACGAUCGGCGAAGUUUUGGAAAUGGUGUUGGUAGUACAGAGAGAGUACAUGUAUCUCGACAAUAUAUUCGCCACUGAAGACAUCAGGAAACAACUCCCAAAGGAGACGGACGAUUUUGACAAAGUGACAAGCGAGUUGGCUGAGCUCACGUCAAGAAUGGCUUCCUAUGGUUUGGCGUUGCCAGCCACUCAUAAUCCACCCGGCUUGCUGGAAGUCCUGAACAAACUCAACGACAAGUUGGAGGCGUUGCAACUGGCGCUCGAGCAGUACCUGGAGACGAAAAGACGCGUAUUUCCGAGACUUUACUUCGUCUCGAACGACGAUACGUUGGAGAUCCUGGCCCACUCUAAACGACCGGACCUCGUGCAGCCGCACAUCAGGAAGCUCUUCGCGAACAUCAAGUCCUUGAAGCUCGCCAAGUCGCUGACUGGAAAGCAUGUGACUGACGGCAUGUACUCGAAUGAUGGAGAAUACAUCGAGUUUAUCGAGCCGGUUUUCUUGGAGGGUCAAGUCGAGCAUUGGUUGCGCGAUCUCGAGGCCGCGAUGAGGGUGACCCUGCGCGAAGUGUUGAGGCAAUGUCGGACAGCGCUGCGAAAAAUGCUGGUGAAACGCGACAGGUGGGUGAAAGAAUGGCCGGGUCAGCCGGGCAUUACGUCCACUCAAAUCCAAUGGACGAGCGACUGCACGCGCGCCCUGCUGCACUGCAAAAUGGCGGACUCGAAGAAACCAUUGCGAAAGCUGAGAAAGAAGCAGAAUCAGGCGUUAGACAAAUACUCGGAAACUAUACGAAGCAAUCUGAAUAAACUGGAUCGACUGAAACUCAAGGCUAUCAUUGUUAUCGAGAUACACGCGAGAGAUGUCAUCGAGAAGUUGUACAAAAUGAAUUGUAAAGAUGUGUCUGAUUUUGAGUGGUUGUCGCAGUUAAGAUUUUAUUGGGAUGUCGACAAUUGCAUUGUUCGGCAAACAAACACUCAUUUUAUAUAUGGAUAUGAAUAUUUGGGUAACACCGGAAGACUUGUAAUAACUCCGCUGACAGAUCGAUGUUAUAUCACGUUGACGACGGCUCUUCAUUUAUACCGCGGCGGUAGCCCAAAGGGACCCGCGGGUACUGGAAAAACUGAAACGGUAAAAGACCUGGGAAAAGCGCUGGGUUUCAACGUAAUCGUGCAAAAUUGUUCGGAGGGACUGGACUACAAAAGUAUGGGUAGAUUAUUUUCUGGACUGUCGCAAACCGGCGCCUGGGGAUGCUUCGACGAGUUUAACCGAAUUAACGUCGAAGUGUUAUCAGUAGUGGCGCAACAGAUCCUAUCGAUACUGACCGCUCUCGCUCAGAGACUUACGAGAUUCAUUCUCGACGGCAUCGAUAUACCCUUGGUACACACCUGCGGCAUCUUCAUCACAAUGAAUCCUGGUUACGCCGGACGUACCGAGCUUCCAGACAAUUUAAAGUCGAUGUUUCGACCAAUCUCAAUGAUGGUGCCGGAUAGUAGCAUGAUUGCCGAAAUCAACCUGUUCGGUGAAGGUUUUCGAGACACCCGCGCCCUGGCCAAAAAGAUUUUUACUUUAUACUCUCUCGCCCAGCAGCAGCUUAGUAAGCAAUACCAUUACGACUUUGGUUUACGAGGUAUAGUAACGCUGACUCGAUAUGCCGGCAAAAAGAAACGGCAGUAUCCCAAUUUGCCUGACGAGGAAAUAAUUAUUCUUGCCAUGAAAGAUAUGAAUGUCGCCAAGCUUACCUCGGACGACCUACCGCUAUUCCUCGAUAUCACCACAGAUCUUUUUCCCAACGUAGACAUGCCUACUGUGGAUUACGAAGAAAUUAUCAGUUAUAUAACCAGCGAGGCAAUCAAGUUGAAGCUGCAGCCAAUUCCCAUGAUAGUGACGAAAGUCAUUGAGCUGUACGAGACGAAGAGCUCGCGUCAUUCAACGAUGAUUGUCGGCGCGUCAAACACCGCAAAAACCGUAACGUGGAAGAUUUUACAGAAUACGAUGACGACAAUGAAGAGCGAUGGAAAGCCGGGCUUUAACACCGUUCACGUACAUCCCAUUAAUCCUAAGGCAUUGAGUCUCGGUGAACUCUACGGCGAGUACAAUCUUUCCACCGGAGAAUGGCUCGACGGAGUGAUAUCGUCCAUCAUGCGGAAAACUUGUUCCGAAGAUACCGCCGACGAAAAGUGGAUCCUCUUUGACGGACCCGUGGACGUUGAUUGGAUUGAGAACAUGAACAGUGUCAUGGAUGACAACAAGGUAUUAACGUUGGUAAAUAACGAUCGUAUCGUUAUGCUCGAUCAAGUUUCGUUGCUCUUCGAGAUGCAAGACUUGGCUGCCGCCUCUCCCGCGUCGAUCUCCAGAGCGGGCAUAAUUUACAAUGAUUACAAAAACCUUGGUUGGCGUCCGUACGUCGAUUCGUGGCUGCAAAAGUACAGCGCCAAACCGGAGUUCGUGGAAGAGAUGAACCAACUGUUUGAAGAUCGCGUCAACGUCACGUUGGAUUUUAAGCGACGGAAUUGCGAGGAACUCGUGCCUGUUCCUGAAUUGAACGCCGUUCAGUCGUUUUGCAACCUCCUCGAAGUACUCGCGACACCGCAAAACGGCGUGGAAUUAGGCGAGGAUCGUGACGCUUUCUCCAACAUAUGUAAAAUGUGGUUUUUCUUCUGCAUGAUAUGGUCAUUGUGCGCCUCGGUCAACGAGGACGGUCGCCAGAAAAUAGAUAAAUUUAUAAGGGAAAUUGAAAGUUUCUUUCCAUUACGGGACACAGUCUACGAGUACUACGUGGACGCGCGUCUGCGCACUUUCAUUUCAUGGGAGGAAAAAUUAUCGCCCGGGUGGAAAUUUCAAGCCGGCCUACCAUUCUACAAGAUAAUAGUACCUACCGUAGACAUGGUACGAUACGAUUACAUCGUAAGUUCUCUUCUAUCGAAUGGUUUUCCGGUGCUUGUAGUGGGUCCAGUAGGUACUGGAAAAACGUCCACUAUCCAUUCGGUACUUGAGCUCCUAGACGACACGAAAUACGCAGUUCUGCUUGUAAAUAUGUCGGCCCAAACUACAUCCGGUAACUUACAAGAUGCAAUAGAAAGCAGACUAGAGAAACGAAAGAAGGGAGUUUAUAUUCCCACGGGCGGUAAGACUAUGAUCAUUUUCAUGGAUGAUUUUAAUAUGCCUAUGAAGGAAAAAUACGGAUCGCAACCACCGUUGGAGCUGAUUCGGCAAUGGAUUGACUAUGGAUUUUGGUACAAUCGUCAAAAGCAAACGAGGAAAUAUAUUGAGAAAAUACAAUUAAUAGCUGCGAUGGGACCACCUGGUGGAGGCCGUAACGUCAUUACGAAUCGAUUAGUUACAAAAUUUAACGUUAUUAACAUGACCUUUCCAAACGAAAAGCAGAUUGUAAGGAUUUACGGCACGAUGUUGAAGCAACAACUUUCCGAGUUUCAUACUGACGUGAAAGGGAUAUCAAAUGAGAUAACGUUUGCCUCGAUCGAUCUAUAUAAUCAUGUGAUCCAGAAGAUGCUUCCCACUCCAACAAAAAUGCAUUACUUAUUUAACCUGCGGGAUAUUUCAAAGGUCUUCCAAGGGCUGCUGCGCAGUCAUAAGGACUAUCAGUAUUCGAGACAGACUUUUCUGCGAUUGUGGGUCCACGAGAGUUUCCGAGUUUUCUGCGAUCGGCUUAUUGACGAGAAGGACAGAGAGUGGUUCGUGACUCAGCUGAACGAUCAGCUCGGGAAGUACUUCCAGCUGACCUUCCAUAACGUCUGUCCGGAGAAGAAAUCCCCUGUUUUCGGCAGUUUCAUGAAUGUCUGGGAUAUAUACGAAGAUCUUCUUGAUAUCGGUGCCGUAAGGCGCUACGUGGAAGAACAGAUGGAUGAGUACAAUGUUUCUCCUGGCGUGGUGAGCCUCGAUCUCGUCUUGUUUCGCGACGCGAUCGAACAUGUAUGUCGCAUCGUUCGUGUAAUAUCACAGCCUCGCGGUAAUGUCCUUCUGAUUGGAAUUAGUGGCUGCGGUAGAGAAUCACUUUCGCGUAUCGGCAGUUACAUGUGCGAUCUGUCCACCUAUCAAAUUGUCGUUACGGGGCAAUAUAGGACACCAGAAUUUCGUGAAGAUCUCAAGACUCUAUACUCAAUAACCGGAGUGGAGAACAAACCAACCAGUUUCCUCUUCAACGAUACCCAAGUAGUCGAAGAGCAGUUUCUGGAGAUUGUCAACAAUAUGCUGAGUACUGGCGAAGUGGCUAAUCUCUACAAGAGCGACGAAAUGGAGGACAUUAAAAAUAGAUUAUCAAAGGAAGUAACGAAGACUGGAAAGACACCAACGACUGCAACGGUAUAUUCCUUCUUGAUCGAGAGGGCGCGUGCCAAUAUGCAUUUGAUUCUGUGCAUGAGCCCGAUCGGCGAUGCCUUCAGGAACAGAUUACGGCAGUACCCUUCCCUGAUCAAUUGCACGACCAUCGAUUGGUUCUUGGAAUGGCCGAGAGAAGCUCUCCUCGAAGUUGGCAACAAGUUCCUCAUGAAUCUCAAUCUGACGCUCACUAUCACCGGCGAAAAUAAAGUGGAACCGCGACAAUCCGCGACGGCCCUUCCAUUGCCGCCGUUACAGGACCGAAUACGCGAUGGAAUUGCAGCAUCAUUCUCUUUGAUCCACGACACCGUGUCCCAGUUCUCUCGCAGAAUGGCCGUUGAAAUGAAGCGUUACAAUUACGUGACUCCCGUAAAUUUUAUCGAGCUGGUGGUCGGUUACAAAGACAUGCUGGCGAAAAAGAGGCAAGAUUUAGCAGAUCACGCGAGUAAACUUCGCGGCGGCCUCUCGAAGAUCGACGAUACUCGGGCGAAAGUUAAAGAAAUGGCGGCGGAGCUCGAAGUCACUCAGCAGCAAGUUCAUAAAUCUACGAGAGAGUGCGAAGAAUUCCUCGUAACGAUAGUAAAGCAAAGCCGCGACGCUGAUGAGACGCAAAAACAGAUCACCGCUAAAUCGCUUCGUAUCGCCGAGGAGCAAAAAGAAUGCAAGAACCUCGAGAAGCUUGCGAGGGCUGAUCUGGAGACCGUCGAACCUGCCUUGAAUGAGGCCAUCAAGGCUUUGGAAACUUUGAGUAAGAAAGAUUUAUCUGAAAUAAAAUCCUUCACGCGUCCGCCGCCGAAAGUUGAAAUGGUGAUGGAGGCGGUGAUGAUCCUGAAGAACUCGGAACCUACGUGGACGGAAGCGAAACGCCAACUUAGCGACGUGAACUUCAUUAAUACACUUCGUGACUUCGACAAAGAUCAUAUAUCGGACAGAGUUCUACGAACAAUAGCCAAGUAUACGUCCAAUCCCGAGUUCGAUCCUAUAAAGGUCGGUGUGGUGUCUGCUGCAGCCAAGUCACUUUGUAUGUGGGUGAUAGCUAUGGAAAACUAUGGCAAGCUAUACAGAAUCGUGGCACCGAAGCGGGAAAAACUGCAGAUCGCGUUGGAGUCGCUGAAACAGAAGGAAAUGGCCCUAAAGGAGGCAAUGCAGCAGCUGCAAAACUCACGCGAACAUCUCGAGAGAUUACAGCGGAUGUACGACGCGAAGAUGAAAGAAAAGGAGGAUUUGAUUAGCCUGGCUGAACUAUUAAAGCUGAAAUUAGAGCGUGCUGGGAUGCUGGUGGACAGCCUUUCCGAUGAACGAAUACUGUGGGAGAACACAGUAGCAUCAUUAACCGAAUGUUUCGACUGGUUGCCGGGUGAUUGUUUGAUAUCCACUGGAUUUGUGUCUUACCUUGGUCCGUUUGUAUCUAAUUAUAGACAGGAAUUAUUAAGCAUUUGGUCUAAGGAGGUAUAUGAUAGAGGAAUACCGACCUCGCCAAAUCUAGAUGUGAAGGAGUUUCUAGUUGAUCCAUCGACAAUCAGAGAGUGGAACAUUCAGGGAUUACCGUUCGAUGGAUUCAGCACCGAGAAUGGCAUCAUAGUGACACGAGGAACACGUUGGCCCCUCGUAAUUGAUCCUCAAUGUCAGGCGGUGAAGUGGAUCAAAAAUAUGGAGGCGAAAAACUCACUAAAAGUAAUCGACUUUGGCCAAGCGGACUUUAUGAGAGUUCUAGAAAAAGCAAUUCAGUUCGGGAAUCCAGUACUGCUCGAAAAUAUCGCAGAGACUCUCGAUCCGAGUUUGAACCCGAUUCUCCAAAAGGCUUUCAUUAAAUCUGGUGAUCAGGUGAUAAUCCGAUUUAACGACAAAAUGAUCACUUACAAUGAGCAGUUCCGGCUGUUUAUGACUACGAAACUCUCGAAUCCCCACUAUGCUCCAGAGAUUUCAACUAAAACGACAUUAUGCAACUUUACCAUUAAGGAGCAGGGGCUUGAAGCGCAGCUUCUAGCAAUUGUGGUCAGAAAAGAGAAGCCGCAGCUCGAAGAACAGAAAGACAAUCUGGUUCUCACAAUUGCAUCCGAUAAACGGACUCUCAAAGAAUUGGAGGAUAGAAUACUUCAUUUGCUGAGCGUGGCGGGAGAAGCUCUUCUAGAUGAUUUGGCCUUGCUGAAUACUUUGCAGUCAUCAAAGGCAACAUAUAUCUCCAUACAACAAUCUCUGACUGUUGCUGAACAGACAGAAAAAGAGAUCGAUCUAGCGAGAGAAGGAUAUCAACCAUGCUCGAAGCGUGCUUCGAUUCUCUUCUUCGUCCUCAACGACAUGAACGUUAUCGAUCCCAUGUAUCAGUUCUCCCUCGAUGCAUAUAACGCAUUGUUUAUGCUUUCCAUUGACAAAAGCCCUAAGAAAACAAACUUGUCCGAGAGGAUCAAUAGUUUAAAUGAAUAUCAUACAUAUGCGGUUUACAGAAACACCUGCCGAGGUCUGUUCGAGCAGCACAAGCUACUCUUCUCGUUCCACAUGUGUGUCAAGAUAUUGGAUGCGCAAGAUAAGAUCAUCCCGGGAGAAUACGCAUUUCUGCUCCGCGGGGGGAUCGUGUUGGACCGGGAAAAUCAGCCGGACAAACCCGUGCGAUGGCUGCCGGAUGAAACUUGGGACAACAUCACGGAACUCGACAAGCUGCCCGGAUUUCACGGACUCGUUUCUUCUUUCGAACAGCUCCCGCGAGAUUGGCACAAUUGGUACAUCAGCAUGGAGCCAGAAGCUACAUUGCUAGUCGGCAAAUGGGAGAAAGGGUGCACUGAAUUCCAGAAAAUGUUAUUUAUUCGUUGUUGCCGACCUGAUAGAAUAUCUUUCUGUAUCAUAACCUAUAUUGUGCGCAAUCUCGGUCAGAAUUUCGUGGAGCCUCCUGUACUCAAUCUAAAAGCAGUGUUAAAUGAUUCUGUGGCGCGAACCCCAUUGAUAUUCAUUCUUUCGCCCGGCGCGGAUCCUGCUAGUCUUUUAACGCAGCUAGCAGAUACUCAGGGAAUGACUGCUAAUUUCUUGACUUUAUCACUAGGCCAGGGGCAGGCUCUUAUUGCUACUAGCAUGAUAGAGAUCGGUGCCAAAGAAGGGUCUUGGGUAUUUCUUGCGAAUUGCCACCUCUCGCUCAGUUGGAUGCCCAAGCUCGAUAAAAUCGUGGAAACACUCAGUUCCAGCCAAACUUUACAUCCAAGAUUUAGAUUAUGGCUUAGUUCAAGUCCGACUCCUCAGUUUCCCAUAUCAAUCCUUCAAGCCGGGAUAAAAAUGACUACCGAACCGCCAAAGGGAUUAAAAGCGAACAUGAACCGCCUUUACAGUUUAAUCACCGAAACGCAGUUCGACUUGUGCCAAGAAAAGUCUAAAUAUAAAAAGCUGCUGUUCACGCUGAUCUUCUUCCACUCUAUUCUUCUAGAACGGAAGAAAUUUCAGCAACUCGGUUGGAACGUGGUCUAUAGCUUUAACGAUUCCGAUUUUGAGGUUUCCGAGAACCUGCUGCAAGUUUACCUGGAUGAAUAUCCAGUCACACCGUGGGAAUCUUUGAAAUAUCUCAUAGCAGGUGUUUGUUAUGGUGGUCACGUGACCGACGACUGGGAUCGCCGGUUGUUGAUGACAUACAUCCAGCAAUAUUUCACGGAGGACGUCCUGACUACCCCCCAUUAUCGUUUGUCAUCACUGCCCACCUAUUAUGUGCCUCACGACGGUUCCUUGGAGUCCUACCGCGACUUUAUCGCGAUUCUGCCAAACAUCGACAGGCCGGAGGCGUUUGGUCAACAUCCAAAUGCGGAUAUCAGUUGUCAAAUAAUGGAGGCCAGAAACAUGUUUAAAACUCUAGUGAGUCUUCAGGUACAAGUGGCAAGCACCGAAAUGGAUGAAAACAAAGAGCAAAAGGUAAUGCAACUCGCGAGCGAUAUUCUCUCGAAAAUACCGGAAACGAUCGAUUACGAGACAACGGAGAAACUGAUAGGACCGCAUAAAACGCCGUUAGAUGUGGUGCUUCUUCAAGAGAUCGGACGGUACAACGUGCUGUUGACAAAAACUCGUGACAGUCUCGAGGAACUUCAACGUGGAAUUAGGGGAACGGUGCUGAUGUCGCGAGAGCUAGAAGAAAUCUUCGCGUGCAUAUACGACGGGAGAGUACCGUCACUAUGGCUAACCGCGUAUCCGUCUUUGAAACUGCUUGGCGCUUGGACGAGGGAUCUAAUCAAUCGAGUCGAGCACUUCGCCAAUUGGGCUCAAACCACUCAUCCGCCAUUGCUCUUCUGGCUAGCUGCGUAUACAUUUCCAACCGGAUUCCUUACUGCGGUACUACAAACUUCGGCGAGACUGUGGAACGUAUCUAUCGAUUCGUUGUCAUGGGAGUUUACUGUCUUCUCAACGGACGAAUCUGAUAUAAUCGAGCCGCCCGUGGACGGCGUAUACAUGCGAUCCAUUUUUUUGGAGGGUGCCGGUUGGGAUAAGGAGAAUGGCAUUCUUAUUGAACCCACACCCAUGCAACUUAUAUGCGACAUGCCGGUAAUUCAUUUUCGACCCGUCGAACAAGUUAAGAAGAAAGUCAAAGAGUUCUACAGCUGUCCUUGUUAUUAUUACCCCCAGAGAAGCGGCGACCAAAUGAGAUCUGCGUUCGUAGUUGCUGUAGAUCUCAGAGCUGGAACACAAGGUUCGGACUUCUGGGUGAAACGCGGCACUGCGCUUUUACUGAGCUUGGCGGUAUAAAGUUUUCAAGUAUGUACAUUAAUUCGUAAUUUAUAAGUCUUAGUUUUAAUUUUAGCAAUAAUAUAAACGUAUAAUAUUGAGCAAUUUCCAUUUAAAAUAAAUAGUCUUUGUUACAUAUUUUCAUAUUCUUUCGUUUUUCUUUUUAUUUGUAUUAAUAUAUACCAAUUGUUAAUAUACCAAUUAAUACAGAUUGAUUAUAUGAAUUAUAUAUGCGUGGAAGAUGAAAUAUAUUAUGUACACAAAA